UCUUGUGAGUUCUUUAUUCACGCUUGUUGUGGCCACAUCUCUCUCUCCUCUCCUCCUCCUCCACCUCCUCCUUCUUCUACUACUUCUUCUAAAUACGGACGAAAUGUGGGCAACAUUAUAUUGAAAAUUUACAAUUGAGCCCAGGAGUUUUUGGAGAAAUCCUCACGCAAUUGUUUGCCCUCUCUCUCUCUUUCGCGCUAUUAUCCCCUUAUCUCGGCCAACAUGUUCCAAUAACCUCACACACACACGUCAUCGCAUUAACAGACUAACUCCCUGGCUACCUACACAGAUCUAGAAGCAUUGGCUGGCCCGUCCAUCUUUUACUUUCUUCCCUGAUUUUGAUCCAGCUCCAAAAAGUCGCGUUUGUAAAUACUUCGCACCCUUCGUCUUGUUCUUCUCUCGAGGGAGAGAGAUGCUGGUUAGUGAGUGAGUCAGUGAGAGCAGCGAACAGGUUACUUACUAUUAGAAGCAGCAGAAGAAGAAGCGAGGGGCAGCCGCUGCCAACAACUAAAACUCUUUAUUUCAUGGAUGGUGGUGGUGGUGAAAACUUCUCGGAGAGCUAAUGGCUGACUUAUCUCGUCCGUGGGCAUUAUUUAUUUGAGAAAGUAACAAGCUUUCUCCUUCUCUGGGUACUUUCUACUUCCAAUCACUAUCACAUACUCGACCACAAAGGAAGCAGCUCUUUUUUUGUACUGCUGUUUGGUUUAGCUCUCUCUGAUUGUUGUGAAGGCCUUGGGGCAAUUAGGAAUACGGGGUUGAGAAAGUGGAGAAAGUAUGUGAGCACCUGAAGUGGAUUUGAUUCGGAUUUUGGAAAUUCAUCCAGAUACAGAAACGUGCAAAUCUUGUCGUGGAGAGGACGACGAAGGAACUGCAAGGGUUGUGUUGCUGAGAAGGAAGGGACACAAUGGGCACCAGGUAGACGCUGGUUGGUGAACAAUGGGAAAGUGUGAGGAGGACAUGAGCAGAAUUUGUUCAAUGCCUCCACCGGUGGUGGUGGUGGUGGAAUUUGAUUGAACGGACUUCCUUCCCAUUGUGAGAAAGGUUGCUCGGAUAGUAAAAGGCCAUUUGGUCCGCCAUAAAUUAACCGGGUGCUUGGAUUGAGCCGCCUUCGAUGUUCCUCAAGUUUUCAGACAGAGUGUUUGGGUGAAUCUUGCGCCAACCAACUGCUGACUCUUCUCGUCUUCUUUCUGCUUGACAAAUCGUGUGAUGCUCGCUUUCACUCUGAAAUUUCGCCUCGCAAAGGAAGCCAGGAGCUUGAGCAGUGCACAAGACCAGAAGACGGACCACCACUUGGCUAACUUGUUGUUUAUUGUCCUCCUCAUCGUCGUCCUCCUGCUGCUGCCUGAAUUUGAAUGUAAAACAACAUCUGUCAACCAAAAAGGCGAAGGGCUGAAUUUCAUCAGUGCAGUUUCUUAUCCCAUUUCCAGCCCCACACCACUUUCUGUCAUCCAAUAACCGAGCGAAUAAGUCGGCCUCGCUCCUCUGCUUCUGUACUUCUCUCUCUCAAAACUAACAAUUGGUGACAUUUGAGAAGAAAUAAGUGCUGUGCCCCAGUUGUUCCUUUCCCUUUUUUCCGCAUAUUCUCCCAUCCUCUAUCCUAUCCCAGUCCGUCUUGAGUGACUCCACCGUGCACAAGAUAGCCUAGGCUGGUCUGGUCGCACAUUAUGGCGCAUUGUACAUCUGUACCUCAGUCAUUUAAGUUGAUGUGUUUUACGAGUCGGGUUGAUACAAGGAUUUCACUUAUUCACUCGGAGAGAAUCUCGAGAGUGCGUUAAUUUUUUUUAGCGUGGAAGCAAUUACAUGUGGCUCAUCCAUCAUCAUCUGCAAACUCUUUGUUCUCCACUUUUCAUUCCAUUUAUCCUCCUCUCGCCCAUCCGGCUCAUUUCAGACACAAUGCGGCUUGUCUGAAAUCUGCCCCAGUAAAUCGAACGGCUAUUGGACGACGUGUAUUGUAAGCUGUGAGAGAGAGAGGGAGAGCUAAUUUGGUGUUGAAUGUUAAUGGAAUGUCGUGCCUCCGUAUGCAAGCAAGUAGUAGAAGGAAGUUGUGACUGAAAAGAUGCAGAGUGGAACCAUAUUCCGACUCACUGUUGGCCAACGUGCUCAUGACAUUUGUUAUAAAGCUCACCGUCGUGCCGUGACAUGAUUGCUUCGACUACUACCAUUGGCAUUUAGGAGGGACGACUCUGCCGAGGUAGGCAAUUUGGCAGAUAUACCCGGUGUAGUGCUCCACCGUCGUCUCAAAUUAAACAAAAGUUGGGACUCGCACUGUUUGGUGAACUGCAUGCAAGGAGUUAAAGGUCAUUAAGCAAAUCUGGGCAGUCAUUGUUUGGAUACCGUGGCGUGGUGGUGGUGGUGGUGCGGCUUGUGAAGGUGGAAAAUAUUCCCAGUGAAUCCUGAAGCCAAGUGAAAGUUCGUCUCCAAAGAUUAAGUGACACACACCACGUGAAACAUUCUUCUCUCUUUGUCCACCCACCACUGAACUAUUGCUCAGACUUUUUAAAAAACCGUAGUGAAAAAUUACUCAAACUUUGAGACGAAACCAUAACAAAAUCUGACUUGACAAACAUUACUUAAAGAUACAUUUGUCGUUGUUAUUUUACCGUUAAUAGUCGCUGGCAUACUAUGAAACAGCACGUCACAUAGCUCCGCUCCCUCAUCCAACCAUCCCUUCAUGAGGACGGAUGGAUAUGGUAAUGGCCAACAUGUGUUCACCAUAGGCGUCCUUCUGCUGCAUGAGUUUGUGACACUUUCUCCUAUCUCUGCCGCCAAGGACCACCCGACAUCGGAUACUGGCCACCACACUUUCUCUCAUUCCGUGUCCACUCCUCUCCCCACUCACUCCUCCGCCUCCUCCCUCUUUUUGCAACAUUUCGAGAAGAAACAAACAUAAAUUGGGCAACAGCCUACAUCAGAGUCGUACCAGCUCCAUAUAUAACAAUUUAGUUUUUAUUGUAACUAUUUGUUAUUGUGGCCUCUCCAGCUGUGCCGGGAAGUCAACUAUAACUGGGUUACGAAUUCUGAGUAGAUUUCCUCUCCGAAUAAUCUGAAUAAUGCUGCUGGUGUCGGGGGUGGCAUUUCUCGCUCUCUCGUUCCCAGUGAUAUCGGAUCUAUUUAAAUGUGAUUGAUUACGUUUCAAGUCAUUGAUGUACUAAAGUGAAAUUUUGAAGUAAUUUUAUGGCUCGUCAUAAAUUCCUCGACUGCUCCGGAGUCUCAUAUCCUGUUGGGUCGUGAGCCGUAAAAAAUCUUUGCAAACUCGACUCUCCUUUUGCACCCUGUUCCUAAGCCGAGCAAGAGAGGCAGUCAUUGGGGGCAGUUGGAAGAGUUCCAGUCUCAAGCGUGUUUGUGUGCCAUCAAUAACAAUAAAAAUAAUGUUUCGGUCCAAGAAAAUGACGCGAAGUGAGAAUGAGUCGUCAUCAAGCUUGAAAGUUGGUGCGGCAUCACAACAUGAAAUAAUAAUUGACUUUCGUUCUACUCCUGCUAUUAAGAGGAGGAGAGUGUAAUUUAAACAUUGUUUGUGGGACUGCAAUUGUACUUGCUCACUGGGUGGAAAUUGGUGAUCAGAUUGGUGAUCAGAUACGAAAAUUUAUGUUUAAUCGGAAUCAUUGAAUAUUGCAAGAGUGCAACAAUUUGUUGCUCUCGUUCAUUGUUGAGAAGCAAAAUGGUGUUAACAAACUUAUGCAACUUUUCCCUACGGUGGUGAUCAGAUACUAAAUAGUUAGUGAAUCACCCUACUUUCAAAAUGUGACAUGCACUCGGUGCUAAAUAAGUUGCACGUAAUCACUGGCUCAAAUUAUUGACACGUUAUUGUCAACAAGUUUUCCGAACCUGCUGAAUAGAUACAAACGACGACUUGGUUUACAUGCGAAACCAUGGAAUGACCGUUCAAUAAUUCGGCAUCAAAGACGCUCUUUCACUCUCUAUGUCGGUGUGGCAUGAUGAGACGUGAUGGAAGCUGCACCAGUACUGAAAUCUGCGUUAACUAAUAAUCCCCUGCAUUGGGCGAAGGUUGUGGUGGUGGUGAGUUUGGGAAAAUUCUCCACUACAUCAGAGCCGACAAGUUUUUCUUCUCGUGAUGGCAGUGCUGGGCUCAUCCGAUUAGCCGAUGAGCGUCUUUGGAUUCUAAUGUGUGUAUAAACAAAGGCGGAGAUGAUGGGUGAAAACGAGGGAUAAACGAAGAACGGAAAUUGUGUUAAACGAGGAGCGAAAUGGCAGCCGUGGCAGCAGGAAUUUAUGGGAUGACUGAUGACCCUUUCGGAAUAGGGAAAAAUCAAAGGCACUACGCAGAACGGUUCCAUCACCACCAUUCUUCCUCUGACAAACAAGGAGAAAAAGAAAAUCUGAAAGGAGAGCAGACAAGGUCCUUACCCAAACUGAGCAGCCAAGACGACGAAGGUCCAACACCUCAAACACUACAUCUUACUGGAACUGGGCACUUUGAGCCAAUUCCACACAACCAUCAGGACUGCGAGCGAGUCGUAAUAAACGUGAGUGGAUUGCGGUUUGAGACGCAGUUGCGGACCCUCAACCAAUUUCCGGACACGUUGUUAGGAGAUCCCGCCCGACGCAUCAGAUACUUCGACCCUCUCAGGAAUGAAUAUUUUUUCGAUAGAAAUAGACCAAGUUUCGAUGCCAUAUUAUACUACUACCAGUCGGGUGGUCGAUUACGUCGACCGGUAAAUGUGCCUCUGGAUGUCUUCGCCGAGGAGAUCAAGUUCUACGAGCUUGGGGAGUUGGCGACGAAUAAGUUCAGGGAGGAUGAGGGUUUCAUCAAGGAAGAGGAGAAGCCACUUCCAGAAAACCUGUUUCAGCGUAAAGUGUGGCUAUUGUUUGAGUAUCCCGAGAGUUCGCAGCAAGCGCGUGUGGUUGCGAUUAUUUCAGUGUUUGUGAUCCUUCUGUCAAUAGUUAUUUUUUGUCUGGAGACAUUGCCCGAGUUCAAGCAUUACACCCUUCACCAGGUGACGAACAAUACGACUCUUGUUGAAGAAGACGAAGUGCCUGAUUUAACAGACCCCUUCUUUUUAACUGAGACUAUAUGUAUCAUUUGGUUCAGCUUCGAGUUAAUUGUCCGGUUUCUCUCCUGUCCCAAUAAAUUGUUAUUUUUCCGCGACGUCAUGAAUAUCAUAGACUUGAUAGCAAUCAUUCCGUACUUUCUUACCUUGGCCACCGUCCUCGCCGAGGAUGACAACGAGCCGAUCGUCCCCAAGACGAAGCAAGACUCCGCGUCGAACCAAGCCAUGUCACUCGCCAUUCUCAGAGUUAUACGAUUAGUCAGAGUGUUCCGAAUUUUUAAGCUCUCAAGACAUUCGAAAGGGCUCCAGAUUCUAGGCAGAACUCUCAAAGCUUCCAUGAGAGAGUUGGGAUUACUCAUUUUCUUCCUAUUUAUCGGUGUGGUUCUAUUCUCAUCUGCCGUAUAUUUCGCGGAAGCGGGAACGGAACAUUCGUAUUUUAAAUCUAUUCCUGACGCGUUCUGGUGGGCUGUCGUUACCAUGACGACAGUGGGUUAUGGCGAUAUGACGCCCGUGGGGGUGUGGGGAAAAAUAGUCGGAUCCUUAUGUGCCAUCGCGGGAGUGUUGACAAUCGCAUUACCUGUGCCUGUUAUAGUUUCCAAUUUCAACUAUUUCUACCAUCGGGAAACGGAUCAAGAGGAAAUGCAGAGUCAGAACUUCAACCACGUCACGAGCUGCCCGUAUCUACCCGGUACAUUAGGAUAUCAGAAUGCAGAUGAUGCCUCAGUUUCGGAGUCGUCUUCAGAUAUCAUUGAGCUGAACGAGGUUGAGUACACCAAAAAGCUGGGAAAUGCCAAUCCUAAGCCUAGAAAUAGCAAUACGCCUCGGAUUGAAACAGACGUUUGACCACACGGGAACAGUAUCUUCCUGGGUGAACUAAGUAGCUUGCAAUGGAAGUGCUUGUGGUGGGUGGAGGAACGUGGAUGGACAGUCGGACUUUCUCCUGCCAUUUGCCGCUAGGUUAAGAUGACGACGACGACGACGGCUGCUGACGACCAACCGAGUGUCUGUGCCAAUGAAGAAGAAGACCUGCUACCAGGAGCCAUCAUGCCAAAUACAAAAUUCAUUUCCAAUUAAAAAAUACUUCAACUACUUGUUCUCUGUCGCACCACUGAUCACACACCAAAAACCAAGAAACAACAAAUAAUAACCACUGAGAAAGCUGCUCUCCGACUCUCUCCAACUAUAUAACCAAGUCUUAAUUUGAUACAAAAUCAGAACGUAUUGUAUUACUACAUUGUAAACCAACUCAUAAUAACGUACUACUUACUACUACUAGGGAAAAAACACUACGACGAAUUACAGUAUGAUGAUGGUGAAUUUCACUGCAACGAACUAUGAACUAUGUAAACUAGGAGUAAUAAGGAAAUAAUGUGGUGCUCAUUAUGAUAGGGACGACAUAAUGUAGGACUUAUGUACAUUCAUAGACUUUCUAUCUGCGUAUGCUCUCAUCCAAUCCACAUCCAAAUUCCAAUAACUCUACCACCUACGAAUAUGUAACAUAGGCAGGUAUCAAGCUAUCUAAACGGCUUAAUGUCUACAUACACUACUACAUAAUAGAUAUGAUAUAUAUACUCACAAAUCUUUAACUAACACUUAUUACUUCAUCGAAAAUUUUGCAUUAUUCAACAACGUUGGAAAAAAUUAGGAAUUUUCAUCAGCUCUAAAAAUUAAUAUAUUUAAAAACAGCCUUAGAUAACGCAAAAACCGCAACACAAGCGAAUAAUUAAUAAUCAUCCAGGGAUGGCUUUAAACAAUUUACCUGAUUUUUAUAGUCUCCACAUACAUACUUACUCCAACCGUUUGUCAAUCAAUUAUUCCAAAUGAUAACAUGUUAUCUUUACAGGUAAAGGUUUCUACCGCUUUUCUAUUUCUGUUUGUUAACUCAUAUAAUCGCUUCUACGAAAAAAAACGGAGGAUGUGUGUGGAAGCAAAAAAGAGAAAGUUAUCUAAUUCGUGUCGUGUGGUUGGACCAAUUUUAUUUGAUGUAUAAGAGAGAAAGAGAGAUAAAAAAAACCACCACUUGGAUACAUAAGUACACAACAAGCAACAUAAUUUAGUUACAAUUUCCCAUCUUAUAUUUUAUCAACUGCUUACUAUCAACUAUAAAAAAGUGAACCACUCUAAACGUGAGUAUAUAAAUAUUAUAUAUGUAUAAAUAUACGCAAUACACAAGAAACAAUAAGACAUACGCUGCAACUAAAUAUGUAGAUGCAUGAGGAAGAAAGCUGCUCCUGACCGUUUCUAUCACACACAUUGUUAAUUCUUAGUUCAAAAAUAAUGUCCACUCCACGCCCACCCAAAAAAAUAUCCGAGACUGACCGACACGUUCAGAAGAAAACAUUUUAUACUUCUAUGAUGACAAACAAAUUCAUUGAUAUGCCACUUCAGCAGACAUAUUUCUGAGCUUUUUUUAAAAAGAAAGAAAGUAUAUUGAUUGCUUUGUAGAAGAUUCGAUCACAACGGCGUCUCUCUAAAAUUCUCUUAAUAAUUCCAAAUUUUUUGUUUGUUGCAUUGUUCCGACCACGAUAUUAUUCUUUUUGUGAAUCGAUAAUAUAUAAAGAAGUUUGGUGCGUUGGAUUGGAUAGCCAGUCAGGCAACAGAGAACGACAUCACCAUCAUCAUCAUAUUCAUAAUUUGCCAAUUGUUGAAAGAAAGUCCAUUUGACCUGAAGAAAAGUAUGUUUUAAGUUAAAUAUCAUAUUAACGUGUGCUAGCAUAUUGUUGGCCAGAGCUGUUGACGGCUUGCGGGGUUACAUACUUAUUAUUGUUAUUAUUAUUACGUGAUGAGAAUAAUGUAUUAUUACUUUAAAGUUGUAAAAAGAUUUAGAUUAUAACGCAGCAAUUUAAAUAUGAGAAACGGGUUUACCGGUGAAACAUUUCCAAGUGAUACGAGAACUGAGUUAGGAUUUUCCAACCAAAAUUUUAAUUUUAUUCGAUUAGCACAUACAUAUAGUUUAAUAUUGUUAAAUAUUAUGUCAAGCGUUGUUUUCUACAAAGUCAGUUCCAGUCGAAAUCAUUGCAAAUUAUUUAUGGAAGGUUGCAUGUACCUUUUGUACUAUGAUCGUCAAACACCAAACAAAUGUGAUCAAUCACACAUUACAAUAGUGGUUACUAUUUACUACUACCUCAUUCCACACAACUUUACUCAUUUACAUCAACGUUUAUUUCUAAAGUUGAGGAAACAACGAAAAGAAGUUGAAAUAACUAAUGUCGGUCAUACUCGAGAUUUUAUUACAAAUAUUUUAACCUGAUCCUAAUCAAGUGGCUAAUUGUCCUUAAAAAAAACUUUGAGAUUGGUGAAAACAAAUUUAUUACCGUUUCAAAAACCGAGUCCUCAAAUAUAAAACCUCACAAAUUUAAGUUUAGAGUCCUAAAAAAAUUGAUACUAUACGUUAAACAAGUAAGAAAAAAAGGUGAAAAGUAGAGAAGAAGACGAAAGAGCAACAAAUGUGGGUGCUUAUUGCGUAACAUUCAUUCAUAUCAGUUAAAAAAUACAUUGUCCUCAAUCUUGGUGGUGGUGAUGUCUCAGUAAGCGUCCAUAUGAAAUUUUUACUACUUACUACACAUACAGGUGCAAGACUGCCCUUUUCGUUUUUGUGAUAUAUGUAUAUUCAUCAUGUUAGGUUUGCAGAAGAAAAAGAAAGAAAUCAAAAGUUGUUGAAAAAUGUCGCAGGUCGUUCAUUAGAGCUGUUGUUGACCACACAAAAAUCGUCGUUGAAAAAAAUUCCCUAUACAAGCCUGUGAAUUUAUAUGCUGUACAGUAAUUCAUUAUAUAAGCGCACUCACAUAAUUCCUCAACAAGGUUACCUGGAUCGCUUAUCAUCACUAUAUGUCGCAAUUGAAUUGUGGACAUCAGCUUUCCUCUGAUGUCUUAUCAUUUCAGCCUUUUCGUGGAGAGUGCUCUCAAAAAUUCUAAUAACUCUGCCUUACACAACACUACACUCGAUAUGAACUACAUAUAAUAAAAAAUCAGAUAGCUUUAGCCAUUAGCAGGCGCACUAUUAUUAUUACCAUUUUUUAAACAAGGCCCACAUUGUUCUGCUCUAUAAACUAUUCACACGGUAUGUAUGACGCACUGCAUCAUAAACAAAUUACGACGACGACGACGACACACACCGCAUCUUAAUCAGCCACCCACCCACACAGCAUUACUCAAAUUUAACCAAUUACCUGAUCUUAGCUAGAUUGUUGCUAACAGUUCCGUUUCCUGUUGGCGUUUUCUCCCCUCGUUUCCUAAUUCGGCGUCAUUAUUAAAACCAUCAUGGGCAUUCUCGAUUCGGUUUUUCAAGGGUCUGUUCGUAACUUGUAGUAGUAGCUCUUUGCUGUCGAGGUACAUAAGUCCUGUCGAGGAUUCACGUAUACAUACAUACAUAAAAACACUGAAGAAACUAACUUUUCUAAAGCUACAGCCUUCAUCUUCUCUAUUUCUACUACUACUACUUACUACAUACUUGUGUACUUACUACUAUGCCACACACUUUGAAAGAAUGAUUCUCAUGAAAUUAUUGUAACUCGAUCUGCUAUUAUUAUUCUUACAUAUUAUUGUUAUCCAUUGAUACUUAGCUGAUCCUACUACUACUACUUAUUGACGAUACUUAACUACACUCUCUAUCUCUAUCUCAAUACCGUCUACUAAGUUACAUACAUACAUAAUAUGUAUAUCUCGACAUUUAGCAAGUAUGAAAUGCCACUUACUAAAAACUAAUACACAAACAACAAUCGCCUAUCUGCCAGCCUGUACUCGCAAAGUUUUAUCUUGCAACUAUAUAAAAAAAACAUCAAAAUCUGCUUCUAAUAAUUUGUUACGAUACCCGUGAAAAGGUGUGAUAAUUGCUGUCCCGUUAUCACCGUUUUUUAUAUCAAAGAAGGAACACUAAAAGUCCAUCUCCACCGUGGGAGAGUAUUAUUCUACUUAUUACUCAUUACAACUACAUUAAAUAUCACUCAUCUUCUUAUCCUACAUAAUUCUACACUUUUUUCGUGUAAUGCAUCACUCCAUUACGAUAUUCUAUAGUCAGUCCUCACACACUUUAUUACUUAUGCAGAUUCAUCAUUAUCUCGAUGAAACACAAUUUGUAAGUGAUGCCUACCAACACAAUCAACGAAACUGCAGUGAAUUUCAGGGAGCAGUCUCUCUGAAUGAAUCCCCUUGUUGAUCCGAAUCGAUUUUUUCCAAAAUUUGAUAGCUCUCUUCUGCAGAAAAAAAUCAGAUAUAGAAUGGAGUGUGUGUACGUAUAUCUAAAUACAUGGGUCAAAAGUAAGACGAGUAAUUAAUUAUGACACUUGCAUCUUAAAAAUCCUCCAGCCAAAAAGUCAUAAAUUGUCAAAAACUAGCAAAGAAAUAGCGGCUUCAUUUGCAGAAAUUAUUACUCAACUUAUAGUACAAGUGGCCUGUACGUAGAGCAUCCGCAGAAAUCGCUAAAGAGCAGUCAUUGUUAAAUACAUAUGUCCUGAGGUAGAUCUGCAGGUAUUCUAUUUAACAAUCUAGCAUAGGAUCAUCAUCAUCAGAAAACGAAAUUUUAGAAAUUGUAGGCAGAGCUACUCACUGCAAAAAAUGCUACUAAAUACAAGUCCCAAACUAAACUUCUACUACAUUUAAUAAAACAUUAUGCUUCUCCAAACUCCAAAAGACGAUUCUACUCGCAACCAAACAAGAUACUGAUAUUAAAAAGGAGGAGGAGGUAUGAUGACAUAAAAAAAAACAAGUCCAUAAGCUACUAAAAAAACUUGAACAAUGGAAAAAAGGUACAGAAAUAUAGGGUGGCAUUUUAAAUAUACUACUGAGACGAAGACUACUAUACUACUCCACAAAAAAGUUGGGUGUGCAAACUCUCUGUGCGAAUCAAUGAUGAGUGUGUGUGGGUGUGAAACAUUUUUAAUUUACUACUCCGUUAUUACGACGACGUCGACGAUGACAUAAAAAACUACACGAAGAAAUUAAGUCAGAGGUGUCAGGAUCAAAAAGCAUACAAGGGUAAAAGUACAUUAUUGUUAUUACGGAAAGUAUGACUACUACUAUAUUACAUAUACUUAUUAAAUACUAUUAUUAUUGUUAUAUACGAUAAAAAUUGUUAUAAAAAUAUAAGAAUAACUGAAUAAAUAAAUAAAAUAAAUAAAUAGGGGUACGCUGUUUAUGAAACUGAGGAUAAAUUUAAUCCAACUAUUACUAUAUUGUACCGUAAUUCUGGAAUACUGUACAUUAAACUCAACUAUUUAGGAAAUAAGCGAGGCAUUGAACAGUUAUACAACAGAAAAACAAGUAUGAAUAAAGAAAUCCAAUUUCAAAAGUAUA